AACGCCUUUUCCGUUUUCACAGUCCAACCAUCCUUUCGCUUUCGUUCACUUCUUCUCGGCCAGCACCCGAGUACGGCCUAUGCAACCCUCGUUUACUUAGCAUAUAGCUCGAUCCCAAGGAACUCAGACAGACAAUGGAUUCGAGGCGGGACAACUCGUCAUCGGACGAACUCUUACCCCCGAGUGUGAGAUAUUUCGACAAGGAGCCAGACAGACCUUUUUCUCCUAUCUUCAGGCGACUUCACUCAGCACCAUCAGCAGGCCGUCGAUGGGUUCUUGGUGUCUGCGCUUUCUUGUCAGUUAUCUCAUUGGCAACCCUCGGUCUACUCGCAUUAUACACAGCAAAAUCAGACCAGGUCACAGAUAUCCAUGAUGAAGUAGACAUUCUCGAUCCGCAUCAAUAUGUCAUUGGACAUCCUACAGAGAACUUUCGAGAUAACCUGCGAAAUGAUACCAAGUACAUCACUUCGUGGAUAUCUGCUGGUUGGACAAACGACGUUAUGACCUAUGGAAAUUUACUAUACCUGGCAUUGCUGACAGAUCGCGUUCCUAUAAUCCCAAAGUUCAUUCCAUCACAUAUUGGUAGUCAAGUCGCUCCAAUCUCUUUUGGAGAAAUAUUCGAUGUUCCACGCCUGAGUAAAGCCCUAGGGAAACCCAUACUGGAAUGGCACCAGGUUAAAGAUGUUGACAGUAAAAGUUUAGACGAUCUAGGCUGUUGGAGUAUAUGGGAAGCAGUUCAGUUCACUGAACAUAGUCCUCGAUUUAGCUUUCUCUCUCAAUGGUUGAAGUUAGAUAUAUCAUAUACGCCUACACCUGACUGGGUAAAGCUAACGCCUCCGGAUGUCGGAGACAAGCAUAGCUCGUUUUGGUCUCUCGCUUCUCUUGCAUUUCCAGAAGCUCGUGAAAGCAACCUUCGAGACCCGUAUCCGUCGCCAGAACAUCAGCUUUCACUUCCUCCUGAUGAGCAGCUCCUCUGUUAUGAUUACUUGUAUUAUGUCGGGGCCCAUAAGCCUUUUGAAUAUGACCUUGAUUAUAGCCCAGCUUGGAGAUUCGUUGGUCAGCACAUGAGAUGGUCGUCUCGCUUAACAGACAUAACGGACACAUACGUAAGGCGAGCAUUGAAUAUUACUGAUAAUGAAGAUACGCCUCCUUUUAUCUCUAUCCAUAUGCGCCACGGUGACUUUAAAACAUAUUGCAACGAUAUUCCAUUGGACCAAUGCUAUGCGUCCUUACCUGUGAUUGCACGACGGGUCACCGAAAUCCAACAGGAACUAUUAGAACGCAAAGGCCUAGACGUCAAGCAUAUUAUCAUGACAAGUGACGAGAAAGAUCCAGGCUGGUGGAGUGAUGUUGCUUCUCUGGGUUGGACAUGGAUUGAUUAUGCUGCGGAGAAUACGGAAGAAUUAUAUGGCAAAUGGUAUCCGGUUCUUAUAGAUGCCGUGAUUCAGUCGUCUGGCGCUGGCUUCAUAGGUACAGACCAGUCAACGAUGUCUAUUUUAGCUCGAAGAAGAGUGGAGUCAUGGCAGGACGGCGCCACGCGGAUUGUAAAAUGGGGGCACCCAGGCGCUGACGAUCAUUAGAAAUAUUAUGCUCAAGUUUGCAGAUUGCAUUGGCGGUGUGUAGUAACAGGUUGGCACUAGGGCAUGGGUUUUAGGCAUGUACAUAAUUUAUUAACCACUUUCUUUGACAUACCUUUGCGGAAAAGCUUCUUAC